GGAGCCAGAAUCAUCUUUCUCGUCACUUCCUCUAACUUACCCUUAUAAUAGAUUUUUUCUUUCUUUUCAUAAUUAAUUUCACAUUUGUUAUAUUUCUCCUUUAACAUGAUCCAUUUUCAAUAUCCUAAUUUUACCAUUUAUGUAACACAAAAUAUCAUUAGGCGGUGUUAAUUUGUUGGUAAACACAUAUUUAUGUUUUUUUUAUUCUCAUAUUAAGGUUGCGUUCAUAGUUCAUACCAUGCAUAUUGUUCUUUUGUUUUUAUGUAAACGACAAUCAUCCACGUAAUUGAAACCGUUACCAAAAGACAAUAUCAUAACACAAUGGUACUUUUCAGUCUAUUAAAUUAAGGUAUGGACCAGAAAUUGAUUUUGUGUUUUCUUCAUGAGAAUGAAAUAGAAGAAGAUGACAAGAAUUUGAUCUGUGAUAUAUCUCAUAAUAUUAAUGGAAAAAAUAUAUAGAAGAUUUUUUAAUGUGAUAGUUAGAGAGGAUAAAGGUAUGAGGCCUAUUGUACUCAAAUGUGGUUUGGCUUUGGCCCUAACUUUUGCUGGUUUUCUCUACUCAAACCUUAGAACAAGAAGGAUCAAACCUUCCCCUAAAGGGAACCUUCCAGGUCAUGGGAGUGAAGCUAAUUUACGAGGUAUUAGAGCAUCAUCAAGUUCUUCCAACAUCCGUUCAGAAGGAAAUAAUUUUGAUACCGAAGAAACAUGCAUCAACAAGGUGGUAUGUAGAAGUUCUCCAAUUGGUGUCUCACCAAGAAUUAAACAAAAUGAAGAAAAAGACGACGAACUCAAUGAUCCUCCUGUAGCAUAUGUAAGUCUUGAGAAAGACGAUUAUGAGCAAGAGAUCAGAAAAUUGAGGAACAUGGUCAUGAUGCUUCAAGAGAGGGAAAGAAGUCUCGAAGUUCAACUUCUUGAAUACUGUGGUCUAAGAGAGCAAGAAACCGUUGUAAUGGAGCUUCAAAACCGGUUAAAGAUAAGUAAUAUGGAGACGAAGAUGUUCAAUCUAAAAGUUGAGACAUUACAGUCUGAGAAUAGGAGAUUAGAGGCACAAAUUUCUGAUCACGCGAAAGUGGUUUCUGAACUUGAGUCUUCAAAAACAAAAGUGAAAUUUUUGAAGAAGAAAAUUAGGUAUGAAGCGGAACAGAAUAAGGAGCAUAUCAUAAUUCUUAAACAGAAAGUUUCCAAGUUGCAGGAUCUUGAAUCUAAAGCUGUUGCUAAUGAUCAAGAAAUUCAAAUGAAGUUGAAAAGGCUAAAGGAUCUUGAAGAUGAGGUGGAACAGUGGAAGAAAUCUAAUUUGCGAUUGGAGAAGGACAAUUCGGAGUUAGCUAGAAGAUUGGAUUCUACUCAGAUCCUUGCAAAUUCUGUUCUAGAAGAUCCAGAAGCGGAUGCUCUAAGGGAAGAAAGUGACCGUCUCAAGAGAGAGAACGAGAGAAUGACGAAAGAAAUUGAACAACUACAAGCUGAUAAAUGCACAGAUCUUGAAGAACUAGUGUAUUUAAGGUGGAUAAAUGCUUGUUUGAGACAUGAAUCAAGAAAUUAUCAACCUCCGACUGGUAAAACAGUUGCAAGGGACUUGAGUAAAAGUUUAAGUCCAGAUUCUGAGAAGAAAGCUAAACAGCUUAUACUUGAAUAUGCAAAUAAUGAAGGAAGAACUAGUAGCAUUUCUGAUGUUGAUUCUGAUCAAUGGUCCUCCUCACAAGCUUCUUUUAUAGAUACUGAUGAGUGUUCUCCUCUUGAAAACUCGUCCGAUGCACGAGUCAACCACAACAGCGGCACAAACAAGUCGAAGAUCUUUGGUAAACUUAUGAAGCUGAUGAGAGGCAAAGAUAAUAGUAGUAAUCUCAGUAGUAGAGUUACAUCUUUAGAAAAAUCUAGAUCUCGAGAAUAUAGUACUUACACUUCUCCACAUGAUACUGGAGCUUAUAGGAGUGAGUAUGGAACUCCUACCGAAACGUCUCGAAAUUCUCUCGAUCUCAACCGUUCCAUGAAGGAAUAUAAUAGGAGAAAUUCAGAUGUUGGAAUCCCAAAGAAUUUCAGUCCAAGCAUAAGUGGUGCAGGAGAUUUGAAAAUUAGUUCUCAUUCAUUCUCCGAAUCCUAUAGCUCAGAGAAAUCUAAUUUGAUCAAAUAUGCUGAAGCUCUAAAAAAUUCUAGUUCUAGUGAAGAAACUUCAAAACAUGCUAUACGUAGAAGAUCAUCAUCAUAUAGUUCAUUUUAACUUAAUAUAGGUACAUAGACAUUAUACUACUUUUCUCCACUGUGAAUAUUGCAUGUUAUGUAUGCUAUAGCCAAUUCUGAUAUACCAUAUAGCAGGUUAUAUAAGCAUUCAUCAAUAAUAAUUUCAGUUCAAUGUUUUGGAA